AUGCCGCAUUUUAUCAAUUUUCCUUUUGAAAUCAUCGUUGAUAUAUGUUCAUAUAUUGAUUUAUACUCACUUAACGCAUUAGCACUUUCUUGCAAAGACUUGACAUUUGUUCUUAAGCAUCCACCUCUAUGGCGCCACAUUCGUUUCAUAAAUCUUGAAGAACAAAUCCAAAUUGAAAAACAAUUUUUAUCCCCUCUUAAAUAUACUACUUUCCAAAUACCCUAUAAACUGUCCCGUAUCGACGAUAGACGCGCUCGUCAACUUCUCAAUAUGUUACGAAAGAAUCAUCUGUCGUCUGUAGUUUGUUCCAUAAACUUUGACUUCACUUCUAUUAACUGUACUUCUAUAUGGGAAUCCAUAAAUGGAUUUCUAAAUCUUGAGGAAAUAAGUUGCCGAGGUUGUUUAAAUCUUUCCUUACGUGACUUGGGUACGGCUCUAACCUGGUUUGAACCCUUAGUACCUGUAUUAAAACUAAGAAAAUUAUAUGUACUUUGGUGUAAAGACAUGAGUCCAAAAACAAUUAUGAGACAACGUUUGUACGUGAAUGACGUAAGUGAUUAUUAUAGUACCGUGUUAUUCGGUUUUUUGAAAGCUUUGAGACAAUUGAAAACAGAGAGGCCAAUACAGCUUGAUGUUGAUACAUGUGAAAUAUGUCGAACAAAUGUAACUAUCACCGUUCCAUGCUCUAGUUGCAAAGUUCAAAAGAACUUUUGUGUAAGCUGUGAUUUGGAUCGUGGAUGUUUGGAUUGUUUUAGAUUUUAUUGUGAUACCGAUUCAUGUAAACCAUCGUCAUCUUAUUUAGAUCCAAUUCUGGCAUCUGGCAAAGUUAGCGAUGGAAAAAAUAUCGCAUUAUGUGAUAUAUGUCAUGGAAGUUCAUAA